AUGCAUUCCAACUGUCUCUCGGAGUCCAGUGCUGAUAGAGAAUACGUGCUGGUUGCAUCUGCCAAUGUCAUUUCCAAUGCCCAAAUGCCAUCCAACUCUGACAAAAACGAAUUUGUGUUUGUCCCAUCUGCGUCAUCUGCGACUGCCCAAAAUCCCGAGGCCAGGCCCAAAGAAGAAAUCCGCGCGAACUCUGUCGACUUGAGCGAGUCUGACCUCAACGCGUUCUUGCCUGACGAAGAAAUCCGCGCGAAUUUUGAUGAGCACUUAAGCGAGUCUAACCUCAACGCCGUCUUCAAUAGCUUUGUGACCAAUGGAUCUUACGAAGGAUCCCUAUUGCCAGCCCAGUUUGACCAGAUUGUGGACCAGCUUUCCACCAAAUACGGCUUUAGCAUCCCCGUCAGCAUAGACCACGUCCAAGGCCCCAACGGGCCUGUUCCAGCCAACUAUUUGAUCCGCGCGACUCUGCAAGAAUGGACUAGAGCCCGGCAAGAAAGCGGGCACGUCGACGGGCACUUUCCAGAUUUUGUGGCCUUCAGGGGAAUGGUGCUUCAUGAUGAUAAUCUCAGCGAAGGCGGUCAGCAAAUCCCUAAUGCAAUAAAUAUUUCUGACAACUAA